UUGGAAAAACAACGAAAUCGACGUCAACGAACUGUCACACUCACGGCGAAAUCUUUAUUUUGUGGAAAGCAGUCAAUUGGAUAGUUGUGAAUUUCUGAAACCAGUUAUAAAUACGUGUUUUUCUAUAAAACUGCAAAUAAUUUAAUAACAAAAUGCCUGCACCAGCUAGUUCGACCGCCGUGGGCAGUGGUUCACGUUCACCAACAAAAAUGUCAGCGCCACGUAGCGGUGGUGCUGGAGGUAGCAACUUGAAACAAAGGAAGACUACUAGCAGCACAACAGCGGCCAGAAGUCGCACCACUGGCGCAGGCACUGGUGGUAUGUGGCGUUUCUACACCGACGACUCGCCCGGCAUCAAAGUUGGACCCGUGCCAGUGCUGGUGAUGUCUCUGCUUUUCAUCGCCUCCGUAUUCAUGUUGCACAUCUGGGGCAAAUACAACCGUUCUUAAGGCAUUUGAGACAGUCCUGGUGCAGAUAUAAUAUGUGUGUGUGCAGCGACGACAACUACGACUAAGUAAUGAAAACAAAUACCAUGCGUGCACGGGAAGAAUUGAGUCAAUGUCAUCAGUGCACCAAAAAGAGAUUAAUGAUAGUACGAAAAUAUGCUCGUAUUCAGCGUCAAAAAUGAUAUGUUGCUGUUUGCUGUUGCACACUUAUUCCUGCAACUAAUUUUCCAAUGUAAACUCUCGCUAUUAAGUUUAGUAAAUUAAGUUAAUUUUCUAUAAUUAAAAUCAAUUUCCAUAAAAUUA